AUGUCGGGUGGAUCAUACUACACAAAUCCCCUUCAAGGGGAAGAUUACUCGUAUGCGGUCGUCGAUUCCAGCCACGUAGGCUUCUAUGACAGCGCGUCAGGGGGAUCAAGCAUUGGGUCACCGGACAUUUCGAAAGAUCCAAAAGAGUACAAUAACCUCACCCAAUAUGACCAAUUCCAGCCAUAUCUUUUCCAGUACGAGACGCCAGAGAUGUACCAUGCCUCCCAGCUCGCCGCCACCAUCGAGCUAAAGAUCGAGGAUCUAUACGACGACGUUGAUCUCCGCACGAAGCGACCCGCAACUACAGCUGGUGCCAACCCAGCUACCUCACAAGUACAUUCCCGCCGGAGAGCACAGAACCGCGCCUCGCAGCGCGCCUUCCGCAACCGCAAGGAGAAACACGUCAAGGAGGUAGAAGCCCGGUUGCAGGAGCUUGAGGGGAAGUACCGCGAUCUGUCGGAGUCGUACGAAUCGCUGCAGACCGAGUACGUACUUGCAAAGCAGGAGCUAGAGAAGCUUACGGCAAAGGAGAGGUCACAGUCGCAGUCGAAGUCACCGACGCCUAGCUUUGUGCUGCCAGAUACCGGGUUUGAUGGCGGCACGGGCGAGGAUCUGAGUAAUAUCCUCUUUGAGAAUGAGGUGUUUUCUUUGGAAACUGUGCCUCAAUGA